AAGUGCUUUGUCCACAAGUAUACACGUGUGUCUCGAAAGUGAAGGCUAUUCCGCCAGCACUUGAUCAUAUACGGUUUCAUAUCAACACACACUCAUAGGGAUAAGGAAAAAAGAAAGUUCAGCCGAAUCUAGGAAACAGUGAUACAAUCAGAAAACGUAGCGGCUUUUUUUCAUCAAACUUUUUGGAGUGCCCAGACCUUGCUUGGUCUUUGUGUUUACAGAAAAAAAAACUUCAAAAUGACUAGGACCUAUGAAAACGACUGAGGACAUUUUAUAUCUAUCUCCGUGUUUUACCAUCAAAUAUGUCUGCCUCACAAAAGGGAUCACAUGACCACUUGACACCAGAAGAUGCGCCACCAAUGCGCGGGAAAAUCACGGCCUACCUCACCGUGGCUGUGUUUUCAGCCGUUAUGGGAUCACUACAGUUUGGGUAUAAUACUGGGGUCAUUAACGCCCCAGAGAAGAAAAUCAAGGAGUUUAUGAACGAGAGCCACAUCUACCGCUUUAACACGCCAAUAGAGGGGAAUACUCAGCUCAACCUUUACUCGCUGUUGGUCGCCAUCUUUGCUGUGGGCGGAAUGCUUGGUGGUCUGAUGGCGGGAUGGUGGGCAGACUUCUUUGGAAGGAAGUUUGGCAUGUUACUAAAUAAUGCCUUUGCCUUUGCUGCCGGCGGCCUUUUCUUCUUCAGUAGAGAGGCUCAUUCCUAUGAGAUGAUCAUUGUAGCGAGGCUCCUCAUUGGCUUUAACUGUGGUCUAUAUACGGGCCUGACACCUUUGUACCUGACAGAGAUUGCCACAGCUAAUAUCAGGGGUGCACUCGGUACCCUCCACCAGUUUGGCGUUACCAUAGGAAUCUUCCUAUCACAGAUCCUGGGGUUUCCGGAAAUCUUCGGUAACGGGGAAUACUGGCACGUGCUUUUGGGUCUGUGCGUUGCUCCGUCAGCGUUACAGCUCCUGACGAUGCCGUUCUGCCCGGAAAGCCCUCGGUAUUUAUUGAUUACCAAAGAAAAGGAAAACGAUGCCAUGAACGCUUUGGUAAAACUCCGAGGAACUCCGGGAGUAGACGGAGAUCUAGAUGAAAUGAGACAAGAACACCAAGCGAUGCAGUCUGAAAACAAGAUUGGAAUUCUGCGCCUAUUGAAGAAGAAGUCCUUGCGCAUGCCCCUUAUCAUCAGCAUUGUAAUGCAUUUGUCACAGCAAUUGUCGGGAAUCAACGCAAUAUUUUACUACUCCUUCAAAUUAUUUACAAGCGCCGGUAUUUCCGAUGACCUGGCUGCGCACGCAACAAGCGGGAUCGGCGCCAUCAUGGUUGUCAUGACGCUAAUCACCAUUCCGUUGAUGGACAGGAUUGGUAGGCGGAGCUUACACCUGACAGGAUUAGCUGGGAUGUUUAUCUUCAGCAUUCUGAUCACCAUUACCCUGUCUCUGACGGACAAAGUGGCUUGGUUUGACACAGCAAAUGUGAUCGUGUCACUCCUGUAUGUUGUCUUUUUUGCCAUCGGACCAGGAUCCAUUCCAUGGAUGAUAGUUGCCGAACUCUUCACGCAGGGACCACGUGUUUCCGCAAUGAGUAUAUCAGUUCUUAUCAACUGGGCUUCCAACUUUGCUGUGGGAUACGUGUUUCCCAUCAUGCAGGACGGUCUGGAGAACUACUCUUUUCUUCCGUUUACCGUUCUCCUCCUCCUGUUUUGGAUAUUUGUGUAUGCUUACCUACCAGAGACUAAAAAUAGAACAUUUGAAGACAUAGCCUCGUCCUGGGAGAAAUCUCAAAACGAGACAGGGAAUCCCCAGGCUAAAUAUACCCCGAAGGAAGACACAGCAAUAGUAGAAUUUCAACGACAACAAAAUAAAAAUCGGUGACGAGAAACGUUUGUAAAUGAUGUUAUUAUAGUCUAAGAUUUCCAUGUCUUACUGUAAAAAACUGUCUAUGAAGAACUGCGAACGAUAGUAUUAUUCUGCCACCUACCUGUAAGUCAAUUUUCAAAUGUUGACCUAUUUGAAUGAUUUUUCAUAUUUAAGUAGAUAUGUAUGUGAAUUUUUAUAAAACUUUAUUUGAGAAAACAAAGAGAGAUAACUCUAUAAUUUCGGUAAAACUUGUGUUUUUCAGUAUAGAAAUCAACGGAAAACGGAAAUUAUUUUAAAAACAUCUCCUCCCCCCAAACAAAAAUUCCUUUUUACAGGUAUUGUUUUAUUGUUAUUUUACAAAUUCAUAUCAAAGCUUUUGUUGUUUCAUGGGGGGGAACAUAUGUUUACAGACAAAAAACAGCAAAAGUGGACAUUUUCCUACCAAUUUCAAAUGAGAUUACAAAUUAAAAAAACGUACUUUAUUAAUCAUAUAUGUUAAAUUUUACAUAAGUCAAACAUACGGAAUGAUGUAAGGGUCAUGUAUCCAUUUUCCUGAGUAUUUAAAAAUCUGGUAAUGUUAAAAAGCCUGAUUUCAAUGGAAAAAAUUUUUCUACCCCUUUAUGAAAAGACUUGUAAAUAAGAGCAAUUAACUUUUUGACACUGUUUUUAAAAUUAUUAAUCAAUUAAUAAUGAACUCCUCUUUGUAUUCAAAUAAGUUUUGAUGACCAAAUUGUCAUUUGUAUUGAAUUACGUGGGUUUAAAAUGUAGGCAGGAAUCGGAAGUUAGCGUUCGCAGUUCUUUAAAAAGAAGUGUACUCAGGUGAAGGUAAAAUUGGUUGGAACGUUUUAUGUUUCCGUUUUUUAAAAUUAUUUUUUUUUUGCUUUGACUUAAAAAAAAAAAUUCAUACAUCAUUCUAAGUACAAAGCUUGUUCUAGACUUUUUUCUUAGAUUAUCUGAUAUUUUUAAAACAUCAGAUUUUCGAUGACGGUUUUUAAAGUAGUCCAGAUCAACUUCAACAUUUUAUAAAACAAUUUGUAACACAGAAUGAAAUACUUAUAAGUUAAACCAUAUUUUAUUAAAUCAAAUAAAACGUUUAACGUAGUAUUACAUGUAGAUUGCACAAGGAGUAAACCCUUAAUAUUAAUCCUUGCCCGAAAUUGAUCACAGUGUUUUGACAAAAGCUUUAUAUCAAUGGUUUCUUUACAAAUGUACAAAAAAUCUGAUUAAAUAUAGCACUUUUUACACAC